AUGAGUUUUGAUAUCCCUACAGUUGCCGAGAUUCAGCUUGCUGCCGAGAGCGGGCAGCGCAUCACACAGGAUGAUGUGUCGGCCAUUUCACAGGCUGAGAGCGCACUAACAGGGCGUGGACCUGCUCGUGGUGGACCAGCCGCAACGGCCCAGAGUCUUUCGAUGCGACAAAUGAAUUUUGAAAAUAAGGUCGCUGAAGUAUCGCGGAAACCAUCAAGCGCGAUCUCGCUGGAAGAUGCUGAUGAAAUUCAAGCCACAGAGGGACGUGCGUUCAAUCAACCGCCUGGGAUCGGCUACAUCACCGCACAGGUGCGGUCAAUUGCUGACAAUAACGAAGCCUUGGGGCUUACGGCUGUAGCUGACGUUCCUGCAUUCGUCACCAAGGAUGAUUCGCGAGAUGCACAACAGGCCGAAGCUCUAGUUUAUGGCGGUCAGAACCCUCGCGGAGGCAUGGCAGCCCAGAUGCAGAGUGCUGCCGACAAGAUCGACAAUGCCCGGCGAGGCAGCUUUGGCACUUACUAG